GGAUUGGUGGAUUACUGUGUUUCGUAGAUUUUGACACGUGCUCGGAAGAGCUGUCGUCGCACGUACAACGUAACAAGGUGCAAAGGUACGUUGUUAUAACGAUCAUGAUAUAGUUUAAAUACCUGACAAAACAUCGUAGAUAAUUAAAUUUGGAAGGUGUGCACGAAGAUGAUGUGAUAACUUUGGAAUUGUGGAUAAAACUGCGAUAACCUGCGCCAUGUCAUAUGCACGAAUGCGUGUUCCACCUUCCUGAAAAAACUACGCAAGUCAAACGCGAUAUUUAAUGAAUGAUCGAAAACUUUCAUGAACUAUAUUUCCGUUGACAUAAAAGUAUACAAUAGCAAUUGUAAUGGAAUUACAAACUUUUUCAUUUUUUUUACAAUUUAUCAGAAAAUAUACAUAAAUGUUCAAAACAUCCACGUACUCCUUGAGGCAUGCGCACCACCUAAGAACAACGAAUUUGAAUUUAUUCAUAGAAUCUUACAAAAUACAUUGCUUUUAUUUGUGAUAUCUUUGUACAAUUGGCCAGCAAACAUCUUUCAUAAGUAUAACCUUCAAAAUUAUUUAGAUUGAAAAUAAAAUUUUUAAAGUGAUUGAAAAUUUAUGGAAAAAAAUAGGAUGUCUCGUUUUUCUCAUAACGUUUGUAAUUACGGAAUAUGGUAACACAAAGAAAAUAAAUUUUAUUAUAUUUCGUUAAUUAUUUCAAAGAUUAACAAAGUGAUAACGGGAAUUGAUACUUAGAUUAUUUUGGUUUACAUUUCUGAUGAAACAAAAAAGAAAAAGAAAGAAAAAACUUAACAUAAGAAUAUUAUCGUUACAGAGUGAAAAGGUGAAUUGUACGAAGAAGGAAGCUGUCGAAUUUUUUGUAAAUUGAGCGCAGGCGGCCAUGAUGCGGAUGUAAAGUUACGAUUGCGCGCAGCCAGAGCUACGAUCCAUUUGCGAUUGUUGUGAAUGCGAAUCCGGCUUAAGACUGAGCGCACCUCCAAUAGACGCGUAGAUUUCGACGGGCCGAUUCCCGCGCGACUCACGUCGAAUCGCGGAACUGUUUGGGCUGAACGUGUUAAAUGGCUGUGCGUCGGCCAUGAUGGCUUUGAGCAGGGACCGUGUCACGCAAACAUGUUUUCAAAGUGAUAUAUUUCGUUUGGUGACUGAGUGACCGUGUUCCAGCGCGAUGGCCGGAGAACGAUGAGGCCCUGAGCGCUCUCUGUGCCGGGUAAUACGGCCUCUGGGCCCCUAAACAGGCCCAAUUAAAUUCACGUUCCGUAAGCCCGAGGCCCGAGCCGACCCGACUGGCCUCACGGUUCGAGCAGCCAAUUUGGUUGUCAACACGCGAGAGUCACUCGCCUCAAGAUGAGCAAGCUGUCGUUCAGGGCUCGCGCCCUGGACGUCUCUAAGCCAAUGCCGAUCUAUAUGGCUGAAGAAUUGCCAGAUUUGCCAGAUUAUUCGGCCAUUAAUCGCGCAGUGCCCCAAAUGCCCAGCGGCAUGGAAAAGGAGGAGGAAUGCGAACAUCAUCUUCAAAGGGCAAUAUGCACGGGUUUAAUCAUUCCUACCCCUGAAGUAACUGACUUGGCAGAUGUUGAAGCUUAUGACAAAAUAUAUCCUGCUGAUUACAAGUUGCCUCGUCAACUUAUACAUAUGCAGCCCUUUGCAAUGGAGCAAGACAUACCAGACUAUGAUAUGGAUUCAGAAGAUGAAAAAUGGGUUGCUGUUCAAAGUCGCAAAAUGGAUCUAACUCCACUUCAAUUUGAAGAGAUGAUGGAUCGUUUAGAAAAGAGUUCAGGCCAAACUGUAGUUACCCUUAAUGAAGCUAAAGCACUCUUAAAAGAGGAUGAUGAUCUUAUAAUUGCAGUUUUUGAUUAUUGGUUAAACAAACGACUUAAGACACAACAUCCUUUAUUAUUGACUGUAAAAACGGAACAUCGGCUUGGUUCGGCUGCUAACAAUCCUUAUCUAGCAUUUAGACGCAGAACAGAAAAAAUGCAAACACGUAAGAUUCGUAAGAACGAUGAAACAAGUUAUGAAAAAAUGCUUAAGUUACGUAGAGAUCUUAGCAGGGCAGUUACUCUUCUCGAAAUGGUCAAACGUAGGGAAAAAACGAAACGAGAACAUUUGCAUCUUACAAUAGAAGUUUAUGAAAAGAGGUAUCAAGCGCAAGAUUUCAAUGGUCAGAUUUUAGCGGAAGUGUCUGCAUUAAAAACUCCAAGACCAGCGUUCACUCCACUUUUCACCAAUCAAUUUGGAGUCCAUCAAAAUUGGGCAAAUAAAGUUUGUAAUAAAGAUGAGGUUGUAGCUAGAAAAGAAAAGAGGCAAUAUAAAAAACGAAAACAUAAAACGGAUAGUAGAGGAGGUAGCCUCGAUGAAACUGGUAUACGUGGUGGAACAGGCAGUGGAGGAGGUCGAGGAAAUCGGACAGGAGUUCUUGGAAGUGGGCUGGACCCUCUACUAAGUUCGGAUGAAGACAGUCCCCUUCCAUCACAUUCUCAUUCUCAACCUUCUCUUUCUUCUGAUAGAGAUGAUGAGGAUACUGCUGAUGAAGGUCAAUUUGCCUUUCGACGAAAUAGAAAUAGCACUUAUCUACCUCCCGUAUUAGGUGGAUUUGGAAAUUGGCCUUGGUGUGACAAACAUGAAGGAGGUUUGGCUGAUAAGAAGUAUAGGUUUGCCCUCACCAGCAUUAGUAAACCAGUACCUAAAUGUAUUGGUCUUGCUAGAAGAAGACUUGGUCGGGGUGGCAGAGUUAUACUAGACCGCUGCACUUCAGAUUUGGACGACAUGUGGUCUUCUUUAGACUUUACGAUACACGAACCAAAACGUGAGGCUUCGGACUCAAAUACAACUGCCACAAAUAGUACACCUGUCAAGAAAGAAUGGCUACACUUUCGACCAAAGACUCCACCUGAGUCAGUGCACAGUCCAAGUGAGGAAAGUAGUGAUACAGACUCAGAUGUAGAACCAGUGUUGUCUCCAUCGAAACCACUUCCAUAUCCAUUCCCACCCGAAGCAACGUCGAUAUGUGUGGAAGUGGAACCCGAACGUGUGGGUGACGAGCCACCAUUUACUUCGGAAUUUAACAUUGCAGAUUACUUCUCAGUAGAUGCUCUAUCGGACUUUGAUCUUGCGGUAGCAAGUGUUAACGGUAGUGCGUGCGUUAGUGGGUUGUCGGACAAUAGCUCCAGCGAUUUGCGGACAGACGAGCUGGGCAGCUCACAUUUUGUAGUGACACCAUUAUGCAGCAAUGUGUUUGCACAGCCUGUGACACAACAGAACCGGCCUCAGUGCAGUGGUGGUGGUUCUAGUGUUGUAAAUACUUCAAGUUCUUCAAUCCCGUCGUCCUCUUCGUGUGUGACCAAUCAAGCGACGACACUGAGUACCGUAUCAACGCAAUGUACGAGUAUUGCGAUAGAAACACAGUCGAAUUACCAGUCCAGACAACACAGACAAUUACCUUAUAACAGUAACGCUGCUUCUAUAUUAUCUAAAUCUCUGACUAGUCCAACAAAUAAUAGAAAUGGCGGUAAUUGUGGCAGUGGUGGAAGUGCAGGAGUUAGAGUGUUUAGUGCAGCCACCACACCUAGUGGUACCAUUACAAACUUUGGUAAUGGCCAUCAAAAUGGGCCUUUAUCACAUAUAAGCAACUCAAAUAAUCUGCCAAACAGUACUCAUGUUGUGAACAAUCAGCCGACAAUAGUUCUACCACAGAAACAUCCGCCGUCCAAUCUGUUGCCUGGCCUUAUCACGCAAAGUAAAUUAGCAAGUAUUGCAAGACAACAACAGCAACAAACACAGAGUCAGGCACAACAAAUCCCAACGUCCGGGGAAAUUACGCUUAAUAGUAAUAGUGAAAGUUUGAAUCUGGAGGUGGAUGGAGUGGAAAAUUCACCCUGUGAGACCAAAUCACAACAGCAACAACUUGUCCGGGCAAAUAAAACUAAUUCAUUGGCAAUGGAAGUGACAUGAUGCCUACUAUUGGCACCCCUGUUGCUACCAACGCGUUAUCGGGGGCUUUGCUAACUUUAUCUUGCCCAUGUCUGCCUGACUAUGGGAAAUGGAUAUUGAUGUAUUGUUUAAUGCAAACAAAAAAGUGGUACGGCUGAGUACAAUUGCAAAAUUGUUUUGAUCAGUUCUCUUCUGUGGCGAAACUAUGAUUAUCAGAAUAGUAUAAAUGUUAUAGAAAAUAUUGCCUUUAGCUCUGGCCUGAAAAAAGAAAAAAAAAACAUUGUAAUUAAUUUAUUUUUUUUUUCUUUUCUUACUGAAUCAACAAACAGUCGGUCUGUAUUAUGCAAAUCAUGAAUUAAUAAUCAUAUCAUAAUAUACAUGUUAUUUUUGGAAAAAAAAUGAAAUUAUAUUUCAAAAAUUCAGUUCCCUAAAAUUAAUGAAAAUUUCUGUGGUAAUUUUCUAUGCUUUUUACAUGAUGAAGGAAUAUUUAACAAAUUACGAUAUACGAUUUCUUUUUCUUUGCACACAAAUAUGUAUUUAUUGAUUGUACAAAGAAUGACACAUUAUUCUUCAUAUAUCAUAAUUAAAAUUUGUAAAACAAAUGCUGUCAGAAUGAAUUAAGUUAAAUUCACUUAAGUUAAUUAGUGCUACGAAAUUGAAACAGUACCAGUAUAACAAAUUACAAACAUAAUUUAUUUAUUUAUACAUAUGUUUCCAAAGGAUCAUAACAUUGUUAUUGAUUAUUAUUAUUAUUAUUAUUAUUAUUAUUAUUAUUAUUUCUUUUUUUUUUUUUUUUUUUUUUUUUAUUUGGGAGUUCAAUACUCUAAGAUUAUAUGCAGUGCAAAAAAAAUUGUCAUUUAUUAAAGCUAAUAGAAACUAAUAGAAUUCUGCAAUCCGGUUAAUUCUAUUUGUGUACAAAAGCAGUACUAAAAUGUAUCUCAUAAUCAUUGCUUAUCUCACAAGCUUUCUCAAACACAGCAUUCAUUAAAAACAGAUGUGAGGAGCAGUACAAUAUAACUCCACAGAAGUAAGAACAAUCAGUAGUUUAUAUGUUUCAUAAAUAAUUUGCAUAUAUGACAAAUUCUUGACAUAAAAUCUUGUGCAAAUUUAUUAGAAAAUAUAAUUUCCUUAGAUUGUGUAAUAUAUAUAAUCUCUUCACAAUUUCUGCUACAAGUUCGUCAUUCAUAAAGAAGUUUGUAAUUACUUGUACAAUUAUAAAUCCAAAAAUAAUAAUUUUAUUCUACUUACUGCAAUUUAAAAUACCAUUUAAAAGCAGAUAAAGGAAUAAUGUAUUUUUUUAUUACAUUACAUAAUUACUUCAUUACUGUACAUAGAUUUGUUUUGAGUACCAUGUUUUAAAGAAGUUGUUUCUUUAUAUAUCUCAUAAUAUAUUAAAACGCUUGAAGGCUGUGAAAUAUUAAAGUUAUUACUAUCAGGUAAUUUCAAAGAACAUUAAAUAUCUUUGUAUGCAAGAUGCAUGAUUGGUGAAUAUAUUAUAUAUGUAUGAUUUUUUGUAUUACUAGAUCACAACAGAUUAUAUCAAAAAAUAAGUAGAGUCUAAUUUUAUUCAAAUGUUGCGUUUGAGGAGCUUGUAUUACACAAAAUUGUGAAAGAAUGUUAUCUCUAUAAUACCUAUAUAAAGACUCGUAAGUCUUCAUGUUAGUGAUUGCAAACAUACAUAUUGAAUUAGACCCACAAAAAAAAAGAUAUUCAUCUAUUAGCAAGGUAUGAGAAAUUACAAAAGAAAAAUUUAUUUCCAAAUAAUGUAUUUGCAAAAAAUAGAAGUUUUUCUUUCAAUCAUUUAUAUGUAUCUCUUCUAUGUAAUAACUGUAUACUCUUGUUAAGAAAAAUUGUUACCUAUGAAUACCAAUGCAUAGGUAAAAAGUCUUGAAUUUCCAUGUAUCACACAUUUGUGAUGCUCUCUCUUCCUCUUAGCAUCUUUUAUAUGACUGUCUCCCUUUAUGUACAAUUUUAUUGAUGUACCAAGAUAAAAUGUUAAGGGCAAAUAUUUUUUAUAAAGGACAAGAAUAGAAUUAAACAUGUUUUAUUUUGGAUGUAACAAUUUUUAAAAAAAAGGAACAAUAAUUGUGACAGUGACAGAGAAUCAGUUAAUUUCUAUAUUCUCUUUCAUUUCUACUUUAACAAUAUAAUUUACUUUGCAUGUGAUUAUUCUUCAAAAUUCAUUUUUAUAUGUUUAUAGCUUUACUUUUUCAUUAUGUUCAGAAAAAACAAUAUAAUAUAUUGAAAACAUAAUGAAAUUUAAAGUAAGCUAUUAUAUUUCUCAACUCAUAAUUGUAACAAUGUUCACUAUGUAAUCUUGUGUAAAAUCAAAUAACACUGUAUUUUAUGAUAUCGUAAAAAAUAUUGUGAUAAUUCAAAUUCAAAGCAAUUUAUGCAAAAUAUAGGCCAUUGCUCAACUAAUAAUUUAUCAUUAUUAAAAAUAUAAAAAUAUAUGUCAAAUAAUAUCAUAAACUUUUCACAUGUUUAAAUAUUGUUUUUUCUCAAUGGACAAUGAAAAUGCUUAGUGCCAGCCGUAACGCAAGACAGGAAGUAUGAUUAUGGUGCAAAUGUUUCAAAUUGUAGGGAGACUUCUUAAAAUCAUAAUAAGAAACAAACAAAAAAAGAUAUAUUGUACAUAUAAAAAUAAUUACGCUUACUGUAUCUCUUACUUUUAGGUAAUUAACUAAAUAAUUGUAAUUAAUGUUGUUGUGGUAGGCACACAGCGAUGUGUAUGAAAAAUUUAUGAAUUCAAAACAAUUUUAGAGAAGGAGUAAUAAAGAAAUUUUAUCCUGGAUAGAACUUAUUAUUUUGUAAAAGAACACUUGCCUAUAAUAUUAUCUAAUAUUUUCUAAAAUUUAAUUUCUGCUCCAUAUUUGUACAUACAUUUUAGAAACAUGAUUAUUUCUCUCGCUUUUCUCAAAUUUAUCAUUAAGCAUGAAGAUUCUAUUCUUUUUCACAUCCUUAUCUGUACAUGGUAUAUUAGUAAUACCAUUAAUUCCUUGUCAAUUUUUGGCAUUUACUUUUACAUUUAAAUUUAUCAUUAUAUGUUGGGAAUCUUCUGCUAAAUGAAUUUAUGAGAAGAACAAGUGAUGUUUGGAGAACUAUCCAAAAAGAUUCUUGUAAAAAAUAAUUUGUUUAUUUAGUUGAAACGCUUUAAACGAAAUAUAGUGGUACAUGGAUUUUUAUAUAAAAUUUAUUAAUGUUACAUUUACCCAAUAGUAUCUUUGAAUAAUAAAACAUCAAGAAUUAUCGAAGUUUGAUCGCUCAAACCAAAGACUGAGUUUGCUUUAUAUUUCUGGUUUGGUAAACACGAAAUUUCACUAAUCCAAGGCUAACAAAAUUGUUUAAUUGAACAAAAAUUAAACAAUUAUUCAUUAAAUUAAUAAAUAAAUAUAAUAUGAAUAAGCUACUUUUUCGUUUCAUUAAAAAGUUACCUAUUUUAUAAAAAUUGUUUUAGUUGGCCAUAUAAAAUCGUGAAAUAUCGUGUUCCCAAUUCGCUGCAUUGACAAGAUAUAUAAUAGUAAUAUUAUUACUUAGAUAUAAGCCAAAUCAAUGCAACUUUACAGA